AUGGAUGCAGUGCCUAAUGCGGUCGCUGCUGCUGCGCCCGUAGCUGUGGCUGUGCACGCAGCUGCUGCUGUGCGCGCGGCUGUUACAGUGCGUGCAGUCGCGCGUGCGGCUGCUGGUGCGCGGGCAGCAGGGCGUGUGCAGCGGCAUGCGCACGGUUGCGUGCGGGCAGUGUAUGCGCGGCUGCAGGCUCGCGGCUGUGCAUGCUGGCUGCGGUGCGCGUGCAGCUGCGUGCCAGCAUUCAUGCACGCAGUAGCAGCUGCACGCGCAGUCGCGCGCGCAGCAGCAUCGCGCACCAGCAGCCGCAAACGCGAGCGCCACCGCACGCACACUAGCAGCAGCCGCCACCGCGAGCGCAGCAGCCACUGCCGCGCGCACUCCAGCCCCGCGCAGCAGCCACUGCGACCUGAGCGCUCCUCGCCGCUCCGUGCCCUAACCUCCCGCCCGCACGUGCAGCCACACGCAAGCCGCCGUGCACGGGUAGAAGCGCAGCAGCAGCACGGGCACGUGCAAAAACAACAGCUGCACGUACCUUCUCUACACGCCACCCCGUUCCCCACUGCUCCGAACCGCUCCCAACCGCACUCCACCAUAUUCAACCGCUCCCCCUGA